AUGAAACAAGAUGUGUACCGGGCGCUAGGCGUCGAGCACGAGGAUCUUGAGCAGCUCAUUCACUCACCUUCAGACUCACCUGCAACAAGAACUAUGCAUAGUCAGAGCCGAUUCGACGGCGUAUAUCGCUUUCUGGGCAUGUACGACGUGACCAUCUCGCCUCGCUACUUUACGUCCGCUCUAUGCAAGCCAGCAACCCUCGCGAAAUGCAGACUGGCUAUUGGCUUGUAUGCCUCGCUAGUCGUGCUCAUCGACAUUAUACAUACUCAAGUUACGCAAGGACUGGCUAUGUGGUUCUCUUAUUAUACACACAUCAGCUAUGUAGCCCUGUCUGCAUAUUUCCUCUUUGCUGGCGUUCAUACUGCCAGAUAUGCUCAAUUUGGCAUGACGCGAGGACUUCCGUGCUGGCCACGUCUACUACAAGUACUACACAUGGUUCUACAGCAUACCGUCUGCGCAGGUGCGAUGCUCGUAACGAUUGUGUAUUGGGCCGUUCUUGCAGGUGACAUGGACAAAAGUGCAUAUCCAUUAUGGGUCAACAUUUCAAUGCACGCGCUCAAUACAUGCUUCGCUCUCUUUGAGAUUUGGUUCAGUCGCGUUACGACGCGAUUCGCACUCAUGCUACCCUCAUUUCUUGUGGUCUUGUUGUACCUCCCAAUUGUCUAUAUUGAACAUGCAAGAUCCAACAAUUGGGUCUACUUCUUCUUUGGCAGUUCAAACAAAGCCAUCGUCGCGGGGAGUAUCCUAGGCAUUGGUAUUCUCGGUUUACUAUGUAACUUGAUUGUGCAAUUGCUACAAGCUUUACGCGAGCGAGUCUUUGGCGCACACAGGGGUAUGAGUGAGGAAGAAGCGGAAAGGCCGAGUCGACGUCUCGUGCCGCAAGUGGAUCCGGCUGCAAUCGAACUUGAGGACAUGGCUGCGUGA